AUGCCAAGGCAGGUUUCUACGCACCAAAUUGAGAAUUCUCCGAGACCAGGAAGAGCGAAUUAUCAGCAGUCGCCGGCGGUGAAGAGGAGGGAAUCGAGAAGAUAUUCUGAGGCGCAGCUGGAGGAAAUUAUUCAUGGACUCAAUAAUGAAAACGAGUCCAAGCCAAAUCAGCGCCACUCCGGAAAGACGGACAAAUCUUACAAGUCCGGCAAAAGCAAAAAAGCGAAGAAAAAGAAGAAAGUAGAAAAAGUAUCUGAAUCAGAAAACACAGUCUUCAGGGAAGUUUUCCUCGAAAGAAAAUGA